GUUGAUGCUCUCCUCCUCCAUCACUGCCUCUAACUGGAUCUUCUUAUUGCCCUCCAGAGCAGCCGUCUCCAUUAGGCUGUCUUCAGGGAAACGCUGAGUGCUCGCUCUCCCACUCUGCAGAGGAGGAGGAGCCAACACGACAAACCAGAGGAUGGAGAGGAGGUGUGGGGACCCGGAGGCAGGCAGGACCUCCAGGAAGCUGGCCAUUCUCCCCAGGGCUCUGGUUCUCUGUCGCUCCAAAACCUAUGAAGACCAUCCAGAAGACAGAAGUUCCGCCAGGCUGAUAGACGUGAGUCGAGUGAAGAGGAACAGUGGUCAACAAGGCUGGGGGGGCACACAGAGACCCCCCAGCCACAAUCAGGAAGGCAACACAGCCACAAGCCCACAAUCCUCCUGUGGGGAAGUCAGGAGGGGCAUCAGGAUCUCCAUCGGCUUCAAGGAGAGCUGCAUUUGGAGGAUGUGUGUCACCAGAGGUUCUGCUGAGGAGGUCCACGACCGCGGCAUGAAGACGGAGGACCAAAACCUCCACCAGGACCCAAAGACCAGAGGACAAGUGCACAGAACCUUCAGCUUCAUGGCCCAAAGCCAGCUGGCUCUUUUUGGUGGACCUCACCACAGCUCCUCUGGGAUGGACAGCGAUGAGAUGUCCAGCCCUCCAGCAGAGAAAGGGGUGCUGUUUUCGUCUCCUGAGCCCCCGUCCUUAUCUGGACUCGCAGAUGAGCGGCUGGCGUCCAACAACAACCACCUGAAGAUGUUCAUCCAGGACAAGGAGAACCAGAACCAGCAGACCCAGAGCCCCGGUGCCCGCUCUACUGCUGCCAGUGUCUGUCCGUACUGGAUCGGGGAUCUGAACAGCCUGGUUCUGAAGACCACAGACUCUGGAAGAGCUGCUUUUUCAGGGAAGAAGAAGUCCCUGUCCCAGCAGCUGGACUGCUAUUGCCCCCAGUCUCAGUCUGUUCACCGACCGCGGCGCUGCUGGAGCUCAGCUCAGCUGUUCAGUUCCUGCGGCUGCGUGCACGCCUUCGCCAUCGGGACCAUCGUUCUGAUGAAGAGCCCGGAACAGGGUCUGGGCUUCAGCAUCGUGGGGGGCAGGGACAGCUUGCACGGACCAAUGGGCAUCUACGUGAAGACCAUCUUCCCUGCAGGAGCCGCCGCGGCAGACGGACGGCUGCAGCAGGGAGACCAGAUCCUGGAGGUGAAUGGAGAAGCCCUCCGUGGUCUGACUCACAGUGAAGCUCUGCAGACGUUCAAACAGGUCAGGAAGGGGCUCCUGACUCUGGUGGUGAGGACCACACUGCGUGGGCGGGGCUUGUGUGGACCCGUGCCCCGGCUCUGUGAAUCGAGGUCCUUCAGCUCGGCUGCAAGCGAGGCCGGACUUGGUUCCGGACACGGGCCCAGAAGUGCAAUCGACUGCAGCCGGUCUGGAAGUGGGCCGGGUCGGCCAGUGAAGCCCAGAGACCGGGUCAUGAUGGAGGUAGUCUUGCAGAAAGAGCUCGGCGUGGGUUUGGGGAUCGGACUGUGCUGUGUUCCCUCUGACAUCACAUGUGCUGGGAUCUACAUCCACACCCUCUCUCCAGGAUCCACGGCGCACAUGGACGGCCGGCUGCGGUUUGGUGAUGAGAUUGUAGAGAUCAACGACACGUUGGUGCACAGCGCCACGCUCGAUGACGUCUACUCGCUUCUAAGCACGUGCAGAGAAGGUCCGGUGGACAUCAUCAUCAGCCGACACCCAGACCCAGAAGUUUCAGAGCAGCAGCUGAGGACCGCCAUCGCUCAGGCCGUGGACGCCAGCCAGCUGAGGAGGGGGAGGAGCCACUGGAGCAUGGACGUUCUGGCAGGAACCUGCAGAGUCUUCCCCCACAGUCACCAGAGGUCCAACCCUCCGGUUCAGAAGACCAUGACGCGCUCCUGGAGUGACGGCUCCAACGGACAGCGAUACGUCUGCCCCCCCCAGCGCCACAAGCACCAAAUCUACCCCGACCCCUCACCUGCCUCCACGGACACACCUGAGUCCUCCAGCAGAGAGUGGGCGGAGCAGCAUUGGCGUUCCUGGCUGCAGGACGCCACCUCUGAGGACGGCUAUAUCGGAGACUCCAGCAGCUCCAGCCGAGGUUCUCCUGUUACAGACUUUACUGGACCGGGAGUGUCGCCCCCUGCUGGAGGCCAGGAAGCAGCAGGAAGAGCAGACGCGGCGAGGCGCGGCGCCGAGUCGUCCUCUCAUCCAGACGGAGAGUUCUCCCUCCAGCUGCAGCUCACAGCUCCUUCAGACGUCCUCGGAUCUCUGCAGAACCCCCGGGUCCUCCUGCCCGACACCCCCCCAGAAGAACCCCCCAGCCAGCCUGGAAGACAGAGCCCCCACAGCAUCUCUGCUGCCAUGACGGAUCCGGAGAACCUCCUGGAACGGAACGGCCCCCCCUCACUUUGUCCAACCUCUGGAGAUGGAGACGAGGCCCCCAAACUCUCUGAACCAAAGAAGGGCCCCCCAGUGGCACCCAAACCCACAUGGUUUUCCCAGAGUCUGAGGAAGAUGAGGGAUGAAGAGCUGAAGUCCUUUGGGGGGCGGGCUGCACCCCCCCCAACCCGCAUGUCCAUCAAACAGAAGAUCCAUUCCUUUGAGAACUUUUCCAGUCCUGACGGUGGAGAGGGGGGGGGCAGCAGGAGACCCGUGGCCCCCUGCACCCCCCCUCCUGCAGUGGAGAAGGAGGGCCGCUGUGCCUCUCGUGGAAUGGAAGAGGUUCGAUUCCCGGCAGAGCGGCAGCCAGACGCACAGCAGAACCACACGGCCGUCUCUGCCGAGGCCCCCCUCCUGCAGGAACAUCCAGAGGCUGGUUCCACCGGAACCGGUCAGCCGCCUGAUGAACCCCCCCGACCAGCCCGCCCCCCAGGCCUGGCUCCAGUCUGUGGUGAUGACUCAGCAAAAUCCUGCAGGGAUCGUCUCACUGACGCUUCGCUGAAGCCCACAGAGCGAGACUCCGAAUCUGCUUCUGCCCCGCCCACAGAGGGCCGGGCCGUGGCCCCGCCCACAGAGGGCCGAGCCGUGGCCCCGCCCACAGAGGGCCGAGCCGCGGCCCCCCAGGAUGGAGAAGCAUUUAGAAAGAUUCUGAUCUUCAGUACCCAGGUACCUCUGCCCCCUUUUGGAGGUUGUCUCCAGGACAUUCAUGUGGUGAUUCUGCUGAAAGAAGAGGGGGCGGGGCUUGGCUUUAGCAUCGCCGGAGGCUGUGACCUGGAAAGCAAAGCCCCCACAGUCCACAGAGUCUUCCCCAGCGGUCUGGCGGCGCAGGAAGGAACCAUCCGUGUCGGCGAUCAGCUUCUGUCCAUCAACGGUCAGGCCCUGCAGGACGUCACGCACACCGCCGCCACGGCGGCGCUGCGUCUGGGCCGCAGCCUGAAGCUGGCGGUGGUGGUCGUCUACAAGAGGGCGAAGGAGGUGGGCGGAGCCUCUGGAGGAGAAGACGCUGCAUCUGCAGCUGAGGAGCAGGGGGCGCUGCUGAGCAUAGAGCUGGAGAAAGGAGCUGGGGGGGUCGACUUCACUCUGGAAGGGGGGAAGGGCUCCAUCCAUGGAGACCGACCGCUGCUCGUCAACAGGAUCGUUGAAGGCGGGGCGGCGGAGCAGAGCGGUCUGCGGCGUGGAGACGAGCUGCUGAUGCUGCAGGGGGUGGAGCUGCAGGACACCACCCGCUUUGAGGCCUGGAACGCCAUCAAGGCCCUGCCGCCGGGUCCGUUCACCUUGCUGGUCCGGAGGAGGGAGGCCGCCCCCCAGGACGGCUGAGACGGACGGAACCGCUUCUGUCAGAGUCUCUGAGGAAGACGAGCUGCAGUUUCUACCAGACCGGCCUCAGAAGGACUGAUGGUGACCCCCUCCUUCAGGUGAACCCCCCCAUACAUUGUCUUGAGCAUCGGUCUAAACCAUGGAUGCCCAAAGUGCGGCCCGCCAAAGGUCAUCUUUUGGCCCGCCAGAGUGUUUAGUUCAAACCUGUUUCCUCUUGAUUCUCUCUGAUGUUCCAAAACUCUACGGCUGUGAUAUACUUUCAGCCUCUGGGUGGCGCUGUUAGCACUUUCUUUUCUUUACUAUGAAUGAAACAACCCCCAAGUGAGUCAGUCCUGGGCUUUUUUUUUGUUAGAAAUCCCCCGCCCCCCAAAAAAAAAAAAAAAUUCCCAUACGGUCAUUUCUGAUGCUUUUAGCAGAUUAUUCAGCUCGCUAAGACAGCAGCAAACCGAUCAAACCAAAGAUCAGCUCCACGUCUCUCAUCCCAGUCUAUGUUUUCAUUGGAGGAAAGUUUGUUUUAGCUUAAAACUGUCCAAUGAGGCCUCGCUGUCAAAGGUUUAAAGACAAACGUCGUUAUUCUUGCUAAUGUGAGUUACUUUAAUGAAUACAGAAUCACAAUAAAUACUUUAAGCCAUAUU